UUUUCUAGACAUUCAUCUCAUACUCACAAUUGAAAUCUCGAUCCUGCCACUUGCGGCACAUACUCUACCACUUAUACAUAUUCCUACCAACAAGCACUUACUUGCUAUCCACUCCAUUACUAGCUGACUGACUACCGCUCACCCACCUCCACAACAUCCCUCCAACCCCCGCAAAUAUGAAGGCAGUACAUUUCGGUGCCGGUAACAUCGGCCGAGGAUUCGUUGCAGAAUUCCUCCACAACUCAGGCUAUGAAGUCGUUUUCUGCGAUGUCAUGGACAGCAUAAUCGACCAGCUACAGAAAUCCAAGUCCUACAAAGUCAUCCAAGUAGGCGCCGAGGGCAACAGCACAACCACCAUCUCCAAUUACCGAGCCAUCAAUUCGAAAACGAACGAGGCCGACGUAAUCAAGGAGAUCACAACAGCUGACAUCGUCACCUGCUCAGUUGGCCCCAAUAUCCUCAAGUUCAUCGCCCCUGUGAUCGCAAAAGGAAUCGACGCCCGCCCCAACGACGCAACACCAAUCGCAGUCAUUGCCUGCGAGAACGCCAUCGGCGCCACAGACACCCUCGCUGAGCACAUCAAGCACCCCAAGAACACAUCUGAAGACCGCCUGGACGACCAUCACGAGCGUGCCCGCUACGCCAACUCGGCCAUCGACCGCAUCGUACCCGCACAAGACCCAAAUGCCGGCCUGGACGUCAAGCUCGAGAAGUUCUACGAGUGGGUAGUCGACAAGUCGCCGUUCCACGACCACGCACCUCCAGCGAUCAAGGGCGUCAAGUGGGUGGAUGAUCUGAUCCCAUACAUUGAGCGUAAGCUCUUCACGGUGAACACCGGUCACGCUGCCGCCGCCUACCAUGGAUACUACCACCAGAAGACGACGGUCUAUGAUGCUCUACAAGACAAGAAGAUCCUCGAUGAGGUACGCAAAGCGCUUGCGGAGACCAGCACGUUGAUCGUGGGUAAGCAUGGCAUCGAGGAGGCCGAGCAGAAAGAGUACGUCGAGAAGAUCAUUACGCGAAUCGGCAACCCACAUCUUGAAGAUGCUGUUGAGCGAGUCGGUCGUGCACCACUGAGGAAGUUGAGCAGAAAGGAGAGGUUUAUUGGACCGGCUGCUGAGCUUGCUGAGGAGGGAAAAGCAUUCGAUGCCCUGCUUGAUGCAGCGGAGAUGGCGUUCCGUUUCCAGAAUGUGGAGGGUGAUGAAGAGAGCGAGGAGCUGGCCAAGAUCAUGGCUGGUAAUAAUGCUGAGGCAGUCGUCGAGAAGGUGUGUGGAUUGACGAAGAGCGACAAGUUGUUUGAACAUGUCGUCAAGGUUGUAGAAAAGGUACAAGCGGAGGCGUAAAAAUUGGGUUGGGUUCGGUUCUCGGUUCGGGUGUUUUUCUUGGGUUGCACAUUUUCUUCUCUUGUCUUUAAUACUCGUACAACACUCGAUGCUGUUGUACUGACCGGCGCUUAUUGGAUAUGGUGUCUGGAUGAGCGAGUCAUUGUGGAACAAGCGUGCUCGUGGUCACGAAAGCGAGAUAUGCAUGCUUUGGGGAUGGAACUCCUCAAGCUCAUAGAGCGUUAUUUUAUGAAUAUCAAAAAAUCCUUCUAAACAAUUAUUG